UAAUCACUUGAGUUUACGUUUAUAAAAGUCACAUAGACAAUAGUAUAUCAAUCACAAAACAGGUACAAUAGAUCUACAUUAUACAUAAAUAUAUCAACAAAGUAAUGUCUAGUGAUAACCUGCACUAUAGAAUGUGUGCAUACUGAUUUGAUAUAAUUUAUAAUUAUUAAAUAUAUAUCUCGUAUAUUUAGUGUUGUAGAUAAAUCAUACGAACAAGACACUGGAUCUUACUAGUUAGGCUUCAUUCUAUACAUAGAUGGUGACGUCACUACGUGUCAGUAAGACCUGUGUGUACACAAUGAGUAAGGCUUAAAAUAAUGUCAUCUUUUCGUAAACCGCGAAACAGGAAGUAUUGCGUUAUCAGCGUGUGAUGAUACAAUACACAGACUCCUUAUUCACAAUAAGGUGCAGCAAUUGCUCGUUUAAGGUACACUUAAAUUACUUGUUUUUAACUAUCAUUGUGGUCAGACAAUAAUUGCUUGGUUAAUUACAGGACAAUGGACGGUCAUGCGGAAUAUUCUACAGACGAGUCUUUGAAAACCCGUGUGAAACAAAUGGAGAAGGUAAUUGGUUUACACGGAAAGGCAAUCACAGAAUUACAAGACAUUGUGCGAAUGUUAUCCAACACAAAGAAACCAAAACCAAAGAAGAAAAAAUGCUUUUCGCCAACUAAAGCGGGACCACCCUCGGUAGAGCUGGACCUUUCCAAACUAGUUCAUAUGCAAGAGGCAUUGAGAGUAAACUUCAGCCUAUUUCGAGAUUUAUGUCUUGACGAUGGACAUAUUCUUGACCGUCUAUUAGAAUGUGAUUGUAUUUGCUUAGAUGAAUAUCAGGACAUUCGUUCGAGACACACAAAUAACGAACAAUUCCGCGUUCUUUUAUUUAAAUUAAGAAACCGGGCACCGUACAUCAUCAACAUAUUUUUGAAUGUCAUACACGAAGACCCAGCAUAUGAGGAAUUAUAUUUCAAAUUCAGCGCAUCGUUAUGUCAAAUCACAAACGAAAACAGGCACAGAACGAAAUGUGCGGUCUGUGUAUUGAAAGCAACCGUUGAUAUAAAAGAUAUUGUCGAUGCCCUGUGGAGUGCAAAAAUAAUUUCUGACGAAAUAUUUGAACGUGUUGUCGAUCAAGAUAAUUCGUAUACACUUAAAACUUUAUUUUGGGAGAACAUUGCAAACAGUAUGAGAGAUUCAGAAGAAAAGAAAAAACAAGUCAUUGAAUCUCUUGAAGCAAAAUAUGCGUAUCUAUAUCCAGGUCUCAAAGACAAACAAGGCAGAUUAUUGUCAUUGGAAUGUUGCUAUUGUCGAUAUCAGCGUCCGCAAAUCCGCGAAAGGAAAACUGAUUUAUAUGGUUCUGUUAGCGACAUGAGCACGACUUCCGAAUAUGUGGCAAAUUACGGAACAGAUUCGUACCCAUCGUCAAUUUGCGUGGAUUCGGGAGACGAUUGCUUCGAUGAUGAUUAUGAUGAUGUAAGCUACAGAGUUCAAUCCAGAUCCGCUACCAUUCGAAUGAAACAAAGAAGAGAUAAAAUACAACUGGCAAACACACUUUUAAGAACCUUUUCUGUGGCGGACAUUGACAAAAUGUCCGGCGAUGAUGAACUAAAUAAUUGGAAUUCAGACGAACAACGAGAUAACCAUGUUGAAGCAGUGGCAGAGAUACGUGAAGGAAAUAGUCAAAAAGAUUCCUCCAGACAAAAUGUUCAGUUUAACAUAGCUAAAAAUAGAGUACGUACACAUUUGUGGAAAAAAUCUCAUUGGAAUUUACUGGUAGACCAUAGUCAUAGGUCAUUUUCAGACGCUGCAACACAAACUGACGUGGUAGGCCAUGCAUGUUGCAUAUCUAGUAAAAGAAUUUAUCAAACUGUAUAUAAACAUGACCAAUACAAAGAGGACACUGCUCGAAUGAAUGAGGAAAUAGUUGCUGGAGCUUGGACUGUCUUUUGCGAUAACUCAGCCACAUCAAAUAAAACAGACACCAUAGAUGUGCAUCAACAGUGUCACACAGAUACAAGUCACACUGCUAAAAAGUUAAUUCAUCGUGCACCCGUAAGAAGACCAUCCUGCUUGAAAUUAAAAUGUGACAAGCCAGACUCGGCCUCAAAUGUUAAGGCAUUAAUUUCAUUAUUUAAUAAAGAAGACACUGGCAUGCUCGAUCUCAGUGGAACACAGACUUAAUGUUAUCUGAGUCGGGGUGGCCAAAAGAGCUUAAACGGCUCUUAUACCAUUUAUUAAACAAUCAUGAUCAUUUGAAUAACUUUCCAACUAGCUGAGAAAUAUAUUCUCAGAAACAGUUCAAUAUGUUUGAUUGAACUCGGGUGAAUAUUUAAUCCCCAUGACUGUUUGAAUCAUGUUGAAUGCGAUUGAACGGAUUUCUUGUAUCAUGUGUAUUAUUUUAGCGUUAAUUGACAUUGUAUGGAAGUUACCCACAGUUUUACUGAAAAUUGAUUUUACGUACAGCCUUUUGUUUUAGUAUGAAUAUGUUUAGAUCUAAUCUGAAAACAUUAAUGUUAGUUUUCCAUGCGAUCGAGGAAAUGACGGUAGAAACAUACCUACACUCCUACAGUAUAAUUUAAUGUUCAAAUGGUUACUGAUACUGAUUUGUAAUAUGAAUAAGAGCUCCCAUUUUGAUGUCAUUACUUUAGUUAUUAAGCAAUUCAUAAGAAACAAUUGUUAUCAAUAGUACUGUGUCAUGUCUGUAAGAUGUAUUAUAUAAAGUAUAUGGGCCGCGUCCCGAAAAAAACUGCCUAAAUGACAUUGAUGACGUUUGUGGGAAAACCCGCUUAUACUGACUUCAUUGUUUUACCCGAGAAGUAUGUUAGUGUUUCGUGAACAAAAACAUUUAUUUGGGGCAUUGCUAUGAUUUUCGGGAUAACAUGAUUGAUGAAAAAAUAGAGAUAAGUAUGUGUUUGUUCAUGAUCAUAGUGUUAUUAAAGUUUCCGUUUGAAAAAGGUUAUUUUAUAUGACUUUAAUAAAAUUCAACAAGAACCGUCUGAACUAAAAGUAAAACAAAAUGUUGCAGUUUUGCUCAAUAGCGUUCAGUAAUUUUGCAAUCCAAAUUGAAAUAGAUCUACAUGAUUGUUAUGUAAUGCGUAAUAAAACUGCAUUAUUUA